GCUGAGCAGUAGCGCGCCGCUAGAGGGGAAGAACGCACACGUCAGCAGCACCGGGUUAUCGUGAGAAACGUGCCUUGCCUGUGUUACGAACGAUGUGAUUAUGGGGCUUCAACCUGUGUGGAUACAUAUGGAGGAGUGUGCCCCCCUUUUGGGACUGCCUGCAUUGCCAGCCACGCUGCUCCUGCAAGUCAGCCUGCACGCUAUUUGUUCGUUUCUUUCACCAGUCGUCUCGACUGAAUCAAGUCAUCAGGUUUUGCUUUUGCUGGAACAUGAAAUGAAAAAAAAUCCAACUUUUUUUGAACUUUUUCGACAGAAACAGUAUGUUGGAAGUUUUUAUGAAAACUUGAAAAUUGACAUUCCUGAUGAAUUUGAUAUUGAUUUUGAAUUGUGGCUUCCAUCAUGGAUUGGUGAGUUGCAGGUUUCUGAGAGUGAACAACCUGGUUUCUGUCGGCUAAAACUGCUUGAAAACAUGUCACCAAUUUCUGAUCCAGGAAAGGCAGAAGUCAAAAAACAAGUGAAGAAAUGGAUUGAUACUGAAGGAUUUUUGCUAAGGUGUAAAGUGAAUGAGUGGAUGCAAAGUAUUGUUUACAAAGCAAUAAAUGAAUAUGAGAAAACAAAUGAUGAAAAAAUGUAUAAGUUCACGCCAUCUUGUCAUGGACCUGCUGUUACUCUAACUGUUACACUUAUUGAACACCCAGAACCACGUUUAUCACUUGAUUUUGUUCCUGUCUUUGUAUUUGAAAACGACCCAGAAAUAGAAAAUUUGCGUGGCUGGGAGCCAGAAAUGAAAGAACGUAAAUGGUAUGCAGUUCCCAAAUCCAGUGACUAUGGCACAGAUUUUCGAAUAUGUUUUUGGCACCGGGAGAAACAUCUGCUUAGUGGUACUAAUCAGAUGAAGCCUGUACUAAAACUGAUUAAGAAACUCAGAGAUAUUCAAAAAUGGAAAGGAAUUUCAAGCUAUUAUAUAAAAACUAUGUUUUUGUGGAAGACUCAUGCAAAUGGUAAAAAAUAUUGGCAAAAAAGUAUGGGCGAGACUUUCAUUGAGAUGCUUAAUGAUCUGAAGAACUAUUUACUAGAUCGAAAAUGUCUUCCAUUUUUCUGGGUGGAAGAAAAUGAUUUGUUGUCAAAAUUAAAUUCAGAUGAGAAGGAUAACAUAGGAGGCUACCUUCAAAAUAUGGUUGAUAAAAUUGAAAAGAAUCUUGAUGUAGAUGGAUUUCUAGAAAGAUAUUUCGAUUUGCCUGACAGAACUGAGGAUCAGAAUCAUGAGCCACUUCCUGAUACCCAGCAAAGCAGUAAUGGAGGAUGUUUUGACACUUGGAAUCAAGGUGCUACAACUCGGGCCACUUAUCAGGGUCGUGUCAGCAACACUGAUGUCACUGAAGCCUACAGCAGAGGAUAUGUCACCCCUAUAGUUCGACAUCCAAGCCACAGCAUGCCGUACCAGCAUUUGGGUGUUACUACUCUAACUGCUAACCAGGGUCAUGUCAGUGAUGCUGAUGUCACUGAAGUCUACAGAGAAGGAUAUGUCACCCCCAUAGUCCGUCAUCCAAGCCACAGCAUGCAGCACCAGAAUUUGAGAUCUGUGAAUCACAACUCUCAGUUACACACUCGACAGCAGGAAGAUAAUACGGGAACUAUUGCAGCAAUAGCAGUUGGAGUUGGAGCAGUAGCCCUCGUUGGAGUAGGACUGCUGGCUCACAUACUUGGAGACAACAGAAGAGCACGAGAAUGAAGGCAAAGAAAGGCUACUGGUCUUAUUCACUUGAUAAUUUUUUCUGUCCAUUAAAGGAGCACAUUAACACAAAGUUACAGCUAUGUUUUACAGUAAUCCUCUCCAUUUUGUAAUGCUUGUGACAUCUUAAUGCUCUGUGAAAGGUCUGGUUAAUAACUCUAUAAAGUAUGCAAGUAGAGAGUGUAGAGCAUAAAAUUUUCUCACAUGAAAGAACUAUUGUAAUAGUCCUUGUACAAACAGCAAAAUGUUACGUAAAAUAAAUGGGAUCGAUAAAUAAAAU